AUGAACGAACUGGAUUCUCUUAGGCAAGAAGCUGAAACCCUCAAAAAUGCUAUUAGAGAUGCUCGCAAAGCGGCUUGUGACACAUCUUUGGUACAGGCUACUGCCAGUCUGGAGCCCAUUGGCCGAGUGCAGAUGCGGACUAGACGUACUCUCAGAGGCCAUCUCGCCAAGAUAUAUGCUAUGCACUGGGGCUCAGACUCAAGGAAUCUUGUAUCAGCAUCACAAGAUGGAAAACUUAUUGUGUGGGACAGUCACACCACAAAUAAGGUACAUGCAAUCCCUCUCAGAUCAUCAUGGGUGAUGACAUGUGCUUAUGCACCAUCUGGAAAUUUUGUUGCCUGUGGAGGUUUAGAUAAUAUAUGCUCUAUCUAUAGCCUAAAGACUAGAGAAGGCAAUGUUCGGGUAAGCCGAGAAUUACCUGGUCAUACUGGUUAUCUAUCUUGCUGUCGUUUCCUCGAUGACAACCAAAUUGUGACUAGUUCAGGAGAUAUGUCUUGUGCCCUAUGGGAUAUUGAGACUGGGCAGCAAGUUGCUUCUUUCUUAGGACACACAGGAGAUGUAAUGUCUCUUUCUUUGUCACCUGACAUGCGUACAUUUGUAUCAGGGGCAUGUGACGCUUCUGCAAAACUUUGGGAUAUUCGAGAAGGUUUGUGCAAACAGACAUUCCCUGGUCACGAGUCAGACAUUAACGCAGUUACGUUCUUCCCCAAUGGUUUCGCCUUUGCCACAGGUAGCGACGAUGCUACAUGCAGACUGUUCGACAUUAGGGCGGACCAAGAGUUGGCUAUGUAUAGCCAUGAUAACAUCAUUUGCGGCAUAACUAGCGUCGCAUUUAGCAAAUCUGGUAGAUUACUUCUAGCUGGAUAUGAUGAUUUCAAUUGUAAUGUGUGGGAUUCUAUGAAAACAGAAAGAGCAGGUAUAUUAGCUGGUCACGAUAAUCGCGUUAGUUGUUUAGGAGUUACAGAUAAUGGAAUGGCAGUGGGGACAGGUUCGUGGGACAGUUUCCUACGCAUUUGGAAUUAAGAUAGUGAUGCCAAAAAACGUUAAAUUUCUCACCUGCAUCACAAUAUCUGUUUACAUUGCAUUUAUUCAAAUCGAAACUUUUUUAUUUUAA